GGAGAGACGGGGAUGCAAUAUUUGAUAUUUGGCUCGAUUUGCUCGCCGUGCUCAGCACAGUACAUCAAAAACUUAAAUGCUGAAAAUUUUCGAACCAAAUACCCCCGCGCAGUGGAGGGCAUAAUUAACAGGCAUUACGUGGACGACUACGUAGACUCAUUCGAUUCCGUUGAUGAAGCGAUUGAUGUAACUUUGCAAAUUAAAGAUAUACAUAUUUCAGCCAAUUUUGAGCUUAGACGUUUUGUGUCAAAUUCAAAAAAAUUAUUAAUUUCAGUUGCCGAUACACCGACAACAUCACUAGAAUCGACGACAAAAAAUAUGUUUUAUGGCGAGUCAAAUUCAGGAAAGAUAUUGGGCAUGUAUUGGGAUACCGAAACUGAUCAAUUUUUUUUUCAAUUAAAAUUUUCGAAAGUGCCAAAUGCGGUGCUGACUGGCAAAAGGCGACCCACAAAAGCCGAAGUUUUAAGCUUAAUGAUGUCGAUAUUCGACCCAUAUGGCUUCUUGUGCAAUGUGAUUUUGGCGUCAAAGGUAAUGAUGCAAGAGUUGUGGCGACAAAAUGCUGGUUGGCAUGCACCCGUGCCGGAGAAGAUAUACCAGGACUGGUAUAAAUGGUAUAACGAAUUGAGCAAGGUAAAGGAUUUCAAAGCACAGAGGUGCUAUCAUCUGCAUUUUACUAAUACUGAGUCGCAAAUCGAUUUACGUAUUUUUGUUGAUGCAAGCGAGCUUGCAUUCGCUGCAGUUGCAUACUGGCGCGUACACUACCAAAACAAUGUCACAGUAAUAUUCGCAUAUGGGAAAUCAAGAUGUAGUCCAAUCAAACCACUAUCAAUACCACGAUUAGAAUUACAGUCCGCAGUCUUGGGGGUGAGAUUAAAAGAGUCAAUCGUGACAAGCCAUGAUACUCAGCCAAAAAAUAUUGUGUUAUGGACGGACUCGAAAACGGUCAUUCAAUGGCUGCACUCAGACGCUAGGCGUUAUAAGCAAUAUGUAUCAAAUCGAGUUUCAGAAAUUUUACAAACGACAACUCCUAAUCAGUGGCGGUGGGUGCCAGGAAAAUUGAAUCCAGCUGACGAAGGGACAAGAUUGCAGACAUUUACUGCCAACAGCAAGUGGCUGAACGGUCCAUCAUUUCUAAGUUUGUGUGAGGACGAGUGGCCGCUUAUGCCAGACGGCAUAAAUUCAGAUGAAAAGCUUAUGGAAAUGCGCACCAAGGACUUGUACACCGUUCAGCAUCACGAAAACGUCAUUCCUUUCAACAAGUAUUCAAAUUACUACCGCUUUUUAAAAAUAAUGUGUUGGGUCAAGCUCGCAAUUAAAAGGUUUCGUUCGUACUGUAUUAAAGGCGAAUCACUGCAACCAUUAAAAAUAAGUACCAAUGUAAUGAAAGAUACUGAAUAUUUUAUUUGCCGCAUCGUGCAAGAAACGGAGUUUAAGGAUGAAAUAGAAAUUCUUCGCGAAAACAGGGAGCUGAGUAAGUCAAGUGCAUUGUGGAAGCUGACUCCUAGCCUUGACGGGAAUGGUAUUUUACGCCUAUCUGGACGCUUGGACAAUGCCAGUUGUGUGCCGAUAGGCACGAGGAGACCAAUCAUACUUCCAAAAGAUCACGAUUUCACCCGGUUAAUUAUACAGCACUACCACGAAUUGUUCCAUCACCACAACCAAGAGGCAAUCGUGUGCGCCAUACGUUAUAAAUUUUGGAUUCCGAAUUUACGUCGCCUUGUGCAAUCAACAAAACGUAGAUGUCAACUAUGCAAAAACUUAAGCGCUGUUCCACAAACACCGUUAAUGGGGCAGUUGCCAGUCGAUCGUGUAACGCCAUAUACCCGCCCAUUUACUUAUACAGGCGUCGAUUAUUUUGGACCAGUUUGGGUAGCUGUGGGACGACGUCGUGAGAAGCGAUGGGUGGCUGUAUUCACGUGCUUGACGGUUAGAGUGAUCCACUUGGAAUUAGCAAAGGAUUUAUCCACUGAUGCGGUUGUGCUUUGUUUGAGGAACUUCAUGAAUCGGCGAGGCAUCCCUCUGCGGAUCAGAAGUGACAGAGGCACGAACUUCAUUGGCGCCAGCAAGGAGCAAUGGUUAGACAUGGAGCAGGGUUUGCAGCGCGAAUGCCUCCGUAAGAGUAUCGAAUGGGUGUUUAAUACGCCUUUACACCCAUCAGCUGGUGGCGCUUGGGAACGCAUGGUGCAGUCAGUGAAGAAAGUACUGUCAUUUACGUUAAAAGAAAAAGCACCACAGGUAGAGGUGUUGCAGAGCUUGUUAAUCGAGGCAGAAAACUUAAUUAAUUCACGACCGCUUACACACAUACCAGUCGAGAGUAUGGACGCGGACCCGUUGACUCCGAACCAUUUUUUAUUGGGUUGCCCCAAUUUCGUACAAACCUCCGCAGUCCCAGAAAAUGGCUGUCUCAGAAAAAAAUGGCACGUAGUACAACAAUUAAAACAGACGUUUUGGAAAAGGUGGGUGUUGGAAUACCUGCCAACUUUGACACGUAGAACGAAGUGGUUCCGGAGAGUCGACCCAAUCAAGAUUGGCGAUGUGGUACUCAUAUGUGAUGAAAACGAGAGUCGCGGGCAAUGGAAGCGUGGCAUCGUGGUGGAAGCUUUUGUAGCAGCAGAUGGCCAAGUACGUUCCGCACUGGUGAAAACAACGCAAGGGACUCUUCGUAGACCGGCAUCCAAGCUAGCAGUCCUCGAUGUUUGUGGUGAUUCUCCGUCUCUUUCUUCGAAUCACGGGGGGCGGAAUGUUGCGGCCCAAUGAGUCAUCUUAUUAACUUUCCAUUUAAAGAAUAUAAAUAUACAUUGUAAUUUUAAUGCCUAUGGGCAACCUUGACACUUUUAUAAUGAAAUACUAAUUUGUUCCUUUCUAUGCACCCCUGAAACUGAAAGAAACGUGGCCUCGCUAGAUCGUAUGUCAAAACGAGACGAUUCAUUAAGUUUCAGGGAAAAACACGAGUAAGGUGAGCCUUUCUAAAUAUUGUAAUUUAAAAUGUCUAGACACUUUGAAUAUGUAUCGAUAUUAAUACUAAACUCUGUAAAACUUGAAUUUCCAGAUAUUAAAACUAUAAGAAUACCAAUAACGAUUUUCGGUAAAUCUGGGUAUUUGUUCUUAAUACACGUGAGGGAUCUCCCUGUUGCAAAACUAUAGCAUAAUUUUUCACUAUGCCUUUUU